UGUGGUGGGGUAUGUUAUCAGUGGGGAACUGUUGACGUGGCUGUCUACAAGGUCGUACCGGCCGCGCGCCUAGCGAGUACCGAGUACCGCCGCGUCGCGCAGUCCUAGCAGAGCCGCGUGCCAGUCCGGUAGUGUCGCCCGUGCGCGUGCGUGUGUGAUGGUGCGCGAGUGAACAUGGAAGCGGCCACGGCGACCAUGCCCCACAACCACUCGCUGGACAAGGAGAGGAAUGUGCUCCACGUGCUGGAGGAAGGAGAGGUGGACGCGGACCCGGCGAAAAGCGCGGGAAACGAUGCGCGCGUCACGUCCGCAAACUGUGACAACAGUGCGUCGAAACACGACGAGGAAACGGCCGUGACCCCUGAGGUCAUCGAGGAAACUGUGAACUUUCUGGAGAGCGAGAGAGCAGAAACUGUGAAGAGCUUGGGGAGUGAAAAGGCACGAGGAGAGGAAGAGUCGAAUUUUGAAACGUUGGAACAAGAACUGGGCUUGUCCGAUACGGCGGGCAACGAUGACGAUUUGGCGCCCAGGAAAUUCUCAGAAGCGGAAAACGUGUGGGUGAAAAUCGAAGAGAUGGACGAAGAGAGUGUGGCGAAACUGGAGGAAAACGGGCACGAGAACGUGGCUCAAAAAAUUGAGGAACCCAUAGAAGCCAAGAGUGAGCCCCCGGUGAGCGUACACAAUACUCUGUUGAUAACUGAGGACACGGACCAUUCGGCAGAGGCAAUCAUCGAACCCAGCCAAGCGGAGGAGGACCAGCCCAAGAAGCUGGAACUGCACAUCAGCGAGUCCGACCUCCUGGGCGAGGGCGAGAACACGGACGUGCCCCUGACCAUCGAUACCGCCGAUAACAAGGACACGAAGGAAGUGUACUCGUGUCAGUCCUCUCCGGGCUACGUGAAGCCCCAGGCGGGACGGUUCAACAUUAUAAAACAGAACUCCCUGGACACCCAUGUCCUGUCAGACGACGAGUCCGAUGCGGCCCGCGCGAAAAGAGGAACGUUACAUUCGCCUUCAUCGAAAAUUAUAACGAAAAUGACUCCGAUCACCUGGGACCAGUGGAUGAAGAGACCCGCGUCUUACAUUCCGCCCCCGAAAUCCCCCUUGGCCGAGACCGCGGUCACAGCAGUCGACGGCAAGCUGGACGAGUUGAAAGCGGCUCCCGUCGGCGAAAGUCCAAAAGUGAAGAAAACCCGGUUCCAGAUAAUUCCGCAAACCGCGGAAGUUUUGGACUCGAACCGCGAGGAAGCUAAAACCUUAGAAACGUUUGACGAGACCGAAGAAGACCAGUUCUUGUUGGAAAAUCCCAAUGUGCUGUUGGAGAGCCACCUGAACGAACUCACGAUGGUGGAAAGUCAACUGAAGAAGUUAGGGGCUGCGGCGAAAGCGGGGUCAAAGAAGUUGGGACCGAAGCCGGAAACGGAACAGAAGGACAUGAAGAGGGCCAGUUCGGCGGACCAGAAGAGCAAGGGGUGGCUGGGGUGGUUGUCCGUGUUCACGAAGAAGCACGGUCAGGCUCCGCCCUCUCCGCCGCCCAAGAAGCAGCCGGCCCGGAGGAAACAGCAUCAACCCCGGCGGCUGGCAGCACCACCCUUACUGCCUGAGUACAGCAACGCCAGGAUCGUCUAUAUCGAUGGCAGCGAGAGUGCGACGGCAGGUCGGGUCUCCUCUUCGAGGAGUCGGACCUCUGAUGAGCCCCACAUCGGCAAGUACAAACUACUCAAGACCAUCGGCAAGGGCAACUUUGCCAAGGUCAAACUGGCAAAACAUGUUCCCACGGGAAAAGAGGUAGCAAUCAAAAUAAUAGACAAGACACAAUUAAAUCCAGGGAGUUUACAAAAGUUAUUUAGAGAAGUUAGGAUAAUGAAGAUGCUAGAUCAUCCAAACAUAGUCAAAUUAUUUCAAGUAAUAGAGACAGAAAAAACAUUGUACCUGGUAAUGGAGUAUGCAAGUGGUGGAGAGGUUUUCGACUACUUGGUACUUCAUGGGAGGAUGAAGGAAAAGGAAGCUCGGGCCAAGUUUAGACAGAUUGUAUCUGCUGUUCAGUAUUGUCAUCAAAAGAAAAUCAUUCACAGAGACCUUAAGGCUGAGAAUCUAUUGCUAGACAGUGAAAUGAAUAUCAAGAUUGCUGACUUUGGCUUCAGCAACGAGUUCACGCCUGGCAAUAAGCUGGACACGUUCUGCGGGAGUCCACCCUACGCAGCUCCUGAACUCUUCCAAGGAAAAAAGUACGAUGGACCAGAAGUGGAUGUGUGGUCACUCGGUGUAAUUUUAUAUACAUUAGUCAGUGGUUCGUUACCGUUUGAUGGCUCGACGCUACGCGAGCUGAGAGAACGGGUGUUGAGGGGGAAGUACAGAAUUCCAUUCUACAUGUCAACCGACUGUGAAAACCUGCUCAAGAAAUUCCUCGUCCUAAACCCUGCCAAGCGAGCUUCUUUAGAAAACAUUAUGAAAGACAAAUGGAUGAACAUGGGCUAUGAGGAUGAUGAACUAAAACCUUACUUAGAACCAGAACCUGAUUUCAAGGACCUCAAAAGGAUAGGUUUUCCUGUUAUAGAAGCCCUAGUCGGAAUGGGUUACAGUAGAACAGAAAUUGAAGACAGCUUAGCACAAGCUAAGUACGAUGAUGUCUUCGCAACGUACCUGCUGUUGGGACGGAAAUCAACAGAUCCCGAGAGUGAUGGAUCACGGUCUGGCAGUUCACUUUCUCUACGCAACAUGGCACCAGGCGGUGGUACCACCAGUACCACCACUUCAAAUGCACAGUCGCCGAGCCACCGUGGUGUCCACCGUUCCAUCAGUGCUACCAACGCGAAACCCAGCCGGCGAGCUAGUAGUGGCGGGGAGACCCUGCGUGAGUCGACUCAGCCGGCCAACGGGGUGCAAAAUAGGCGGCUGCUUAGCCUGCUAGGUGGUGUGCCGGCGGGAGGUACUGCCAAUGUGACCAACCACAACCACAGCGGCGGGGGUGGUGGUGGCGGCACCGGUGGGGGUACAGCCACUGCCAGCAACUUUAAGCGCCAGAACACAGUAGAUUCGGCCACCAUCAAGGAGAACACUGCGCGUCUCAACUCGCGCGGGUCCGACCAAGAAUUGCUCGCCCCCGGCGGGUCUGUGGGCCGACGCUCCACCAUCAGCUACGAGGCCAAGGCCAGCAGCAACGAAAAGACCAACACGGCUGGAGACACGCCCAGUGCGCUGGACACCCGAGCGGCCAAGGGACACAUCAAGUCUGCGUCAAUCUCCACCUCCUCGGGCCGGCCCCCACACGAACUCGACCCCUCUCUCGAUCCUCUCCGACAAAGUGUGGCCGUAUGUCGAGGACCUCCGGCCUCGCCUGCCCAGACCAACCGCCAGCCGUUCCCCCGCAAUGUGCCGUCUCGUUCCACCUUCCAUAGCGGACAGAACCGCCAGCGAGGCUACGGCACCCCCUCCCCCACUGGGGCCCCCCAUGACGCCAACGCUAGGCCUUCCUUCUUCUCCAAGCUCUCGUCUAGGUUCUCCAAGCGACCCAUGGAUCCAGUUCCCAAACAUGUAGUUAGCAGUGCUGUCAACGAUGACCAAGUUAAGCCACGAUCUCUAAGAUUCACAUGGAGCAUGAAGACGACGUCAUCGAGAGACCCAAAUGAAAUUAUGGCUGAAAUAAGAAAGGUGUUGGAUGCCAACAACUGUGACUACGAGCAGAGGGAGAGGUUCCUGCUGCUCUGUGUCCACGGAGACCCCAACACAGACUCCCUGGUCCAGUGGGAAAUUGAGGUCUGCAAGCUGCCGCGUCUCUCGCUCAACGGUGUCCGGUUCAAGCGCAUCUCCGGCACUUCCAUCGGCUUCAAGAACAUCGCCUCCAAGAUCGCAAACGAGCUGAAGCUGUGACUACCACUGGUCGAGGGCCCUGAGGACUCCAUUGAAUAAUCGCGACGGGCGUUGGAUCGAUAAAUGUAUUAUAUAAAUAAUUCCACGAUCACGCUUCCUCGUCGUCUCGUAGUUCACGCGGCAGUGGGGACUAUCUAUAUAAUACUCGUAUUGAUCGUUGUUGUGAACUCUGUUCCACCGCGAGUGAACUGUGACAGUUGUGUAAAUAUUCAAGUACAGUUUUUCUUUGAAUGGAAAGAAUCUUGAUAUUUCGUUUAUAAUUAGUCGAAUGUUUAUUAUUUGUAUGGCGGCGAUCUCACCUGGUGGACUGUCGUCGCCAUUUUGUUUAGUAUCCAUGUUUCCCUAGCUGUGUCCGUUCCCGUGCAUUUCGAUAAUGUUUUAGUUUAAGCAGAAUUCUAUUUUAGUACUCCUCUUCUUUCUUGCCUCUGUUGUUUUGUUUAUAAUUGUACCCAUCAAUGAUGAUAACUGUUUCUUUUAGAUCGAGAUUUUACAAUUUACAUAGAUGUAUUCGUAUAAAUUAUAUGCAAAAUAGUGUUAAAUUAUUCGAUUUAUAAAUUAAUUUAUUGUAUACUAUCUAAAUUAUUAUUGUAAACUUAUUAAAAUUUAUUUUGUACAAUUUUAUUUAAGCAUAAUGAUUGUUUUGAAAUAUUGUUGUAAGUAAAGUAUUUACUUAACUCUAGCGAGAGAGGCGAGGUCCGGUCGGCCGAGAGACGGGAAGGGGUGAGCAGCGGACGAUACUUACUGUAUAUAGAGGGUGCUUGAGUACCGUAUGUAAAUAGUGACUACCCUAGCGUUGAGUACUUAGCCUGCCCGUCGGCACUCACCUAACAUUUAUUACUUUUCCUAAAUAAAUUUGUAAUAAUUGCUGUUUUUCAAUGGUAAAAGUGGCGGACAUUACACAAACUAACAAAAAAUGUUUUUUUUUUCUUCUGAAGAAUCCUUCCCAACACCAAUUUUCUAGUUGUGUAUAAAAUAAUGUCGAUAUUUGUGCGGAGCCCAGCUGUAGUAUACGGUAUUCGCCAAAUCUUUUAACACACUUUACUUUCUUUUCCUUGAAUCGAUCUAAUUACUUAACUCAUUGUUCAUUCUAAACAAUAAAUGUGUUCAUAGCGUAUUUUGAACAAGAAAUUGAAAACUUGCUGAUGAAUAAUCAAAAUCUUGUCAAUUAUCAAUGUACUUUGGAAAAUGACAGGAUGGAUUGUUGGCAUCUGAACCACCGUAGUAGACACGCUUUCAUCGGGCUGUUCGUUAUAUUCUGUACCUCAAGCUUAUCUUUGCUUUAGCUUUAAUUUUUACAAAGACCCAAUUCAGAAGGAAUGUGCUAUGGCACUUCUUGACAAUUAUCUAUCUCUCGAAGCUUUCGAAGCUCUGGUAUUUUAAUAAAACACAUUUUGUGAUUUCUUUUUUAAUAAAUCACAAUUGAUGGAAGGUGAAGGUAUGACUGUAGUAUUAAAAUAAAUUUAUAAUAAAAUUUAAAAGAA